GGAACACUUAUUCUAUUUUAUGGAAUAAGGUGUUGCCCGAUUCUGUUUUUUGUUUGUUUCCUCAGAGACCCCGUUCUGAGUGUUGCCCGAUAAUGGAACUACAAAGUCAAUCGAGAUCGAGUUGUAAAAAAUUACAACUAAAUUUAUUGUAAUUUUCUUGCCUUUUGCCAAUAGAAAUUCCUUUUUCAUUAAGUAUUCCUCCCUUACAGUAAGCGACCACGAUGACCCCUAAUUCACAAGUAAGGAUGAGGAAAGGUUCUGCCCACACCGCCGCCCAGCCAGGCAGACUUGGAUUGCAUCCUGCGGGCACCACUGCGCAUGCCUGCCGGGGAAUGACGUCAAUCCGAGCUCGUCCCGGCCUCACCAGCGCCAUGCUGGGCUCGCGAGCCGCGGGGUUCGCGCGGGGCCUGCAGGCUGUGGCACUGGCGUGGCUGCCGGGCUGGCGGGGCCGCUCCUUCGCCCUGGCGCGUGCGGCAGGCGCGCCCCACAGUGGUGACUUGCAGCCCCCCGCCUGUCCCGAGCCGCGCGGGCGCCAGCUCAGCUUGUCCGCGGCGGCGGUGGUGGACUCUGCGCCCCGCCCCCUGCAGCCGUACUUGCGCCUCAUGCGGUUGGACAAGCCCAUUGGAACCUGGCUGCUGUAUUUACCAUGUACCUGGAGCAUUGGUUUGGCAGCUGAACCAGGUUGUUUUCCAGAUUGGUACAUGCUCUCCCUCUUUGGCACUGGAGCUAUUCUGAUGCGUGGAGCAGGCUGUACUAUUAAUGACAUGUGGGACCAGGACUAUGAUAAAAAGGUUACAAGAACAGCCAAUCGUCCAAUAGCCGCUGGAGACAUUUCAACUUUUCAGUCCUUUGUUUUUCUUGGGGGACAGCUAACCUUGGCACUGGGUGUUCUUCUGUGUCUAAAUUACUACAGUAUAGCUCUGGGAGCAGGAUCCUUACUUCUUGUCAUCACCUACCCACUAAUGAAAAGAAUUACAUACUGGCCUCAACUAGCCUUGGGCUUGACAUUUAAUUGGGGAGCAUUACUUGGAUGGUCUGCUAUCAAGGGUUCCUGUGAUCCAUCUGUUUGCCUGCCUCUUUAUUUUUCUGGAGUUAUGUGGACACUAAUAUAUGAUACUAUUUAUGCCCAUCAGGACAAAAGAGAUGAUGUUUUGAUUGGUCUUAAGUCAACGGCUCUGCGGUUCGGAGAAAACACCAAGCCGUGGCUCAGUGGCUUCAGUGUUGCAAUGCUGGGGGCACUGAGCCUAGUGGGUGUGAACAGUGGACAGACUGCUCCCUACUAUGCUGCCCUGGGUGCUGUAGGAGCCCAUCUGACUCACCAGAUUUACACUCUAGACAUCCACAGACCUGAGGAUUGUUGGAAUAAAUUUAUCUCCAACCGAACACUGGGACUAAUAGUUUUUUUAGGGAUUGUGCUUGGGAAUUUGUGGAAAGAAAAGAAGACAGACAAAACAAAGAAGAGUAUAGGGAAUAAAAUAGAAAAUUAAUGAAUGAAAUUUAUCUAGGAAUUAUUAAAACAUUUUUUACAAAAUAUAAUUAGAUUUGAAUACAAAAUCUGAUACAAUAUGUUAAAGAAUUAAGAACCUGAAGAUGGAGAUUUAGAACAUAUUUACCUGGAUUUUAAUUCAAUUAUUUGCUAGCAAAAUUCUCCCUUGUCACAGAAACCAGGGACUCUUCAGGAUUUGAGAUGGCCUUGAGUAUUUUAGUUGAUACGUUCUUCUGCCCAUUAUAAUUCUCACCUGAAGUUAUGGGGAUUGUACGGGUUUUGGCACUUUAGAAAAAGCCUGAUGUGGGUCUUACAUAAAUGAUUGUCUGUAUAAGAAAAUGGACUCUUUUUUUAGGGAAAAAUAAAAGCAGCUAUGGAAA